AUGGUAGGCAAGCUUGUGGUGAUGGGGCAGGAAGCCGUCCAGAACGCCAAACAGGGCAUGCGGGAAGACAUCUACAAGAAACACAUCUCCGCAGACAAAGUUCCAGAACGGCUUCCGUAUGCCAUCCAAACGACCUUCGUUGAGCUUCGCAGCCUGAAGCGCUUCGAGCGCAACAGCCUGCCACGGAAAGGAGAUCGCUGGGAGCUGGUGUUGCGCUUGCUGGGAGGAAUGCUGUGGGCCGCUGUGAUGCCGAACGAAUUCAGUUUGAAUGCCGCGGUCAGCAGCUGUGCCAAAGGCCGCUGGCAGCGGGCUUUGGCGCUGCCCAAGUGGCUGCCAGAGCUUCCAGUAGACCGGGUGGGCUACAACGCCCAGAUCCGAAUCUGCGAGGAGGUGCAGCGAUGGAAGUUGAGCUUUUCCUUGUUGGGAAAGAUGAGGGCCAACGGCCUGGUGCCGGAUCUCAUUGGCUUCAGUGCGGCCAUGGCGGCUUGCGAGAGGACAGGGAAGUGGGAGCUAGGGAUCCAAAGCCUCGCCUCCAUGCAUGCACUGCGGAUGCAAGUCGACGAGCUCUGCUGGAGUUGUGCGAUGAGCGCCUGCGACAGCUCUGGGCACUGGCAAGCUGUCUUGGCCUUGAUGGCGGAAGCUCGAAAGAAACGAUGCCUGGGUGAUGCCGUCGCCUAUGGCAUUGCCAUCCGCGCCUGCUGUACGGGUUUGCUAUGGCAGCAGGCGCUCAACAUGCUGUGCUUUGCAGAUGUGGAUCUCACUGGGGACAUGAUUUGUUGCGGUGCGGCAGCCACUGCCUGUUUCGAUGCCCUCGUCCUGGGGAGGUCGUUGGAGCUGAUGGAGUCCAUGCAUGCGCAAAGCCGAAGUCUUUGCAAAGCUGGGGAGGAUGCCAAGAUGAAGCAGCCGGCAAAAAGGCUGGAAGAAAAGCGACUCCAAGACGAAGAGCAGUGGAAGGCCCAGAUCCUGAAGCUGCUUGGGGAGGUGAAAAAGGUGGAGCAAGCUUCGGCCUCGUUGUCGCAGGAGAUCGGACGCACGGUAUCCUUAAAGCUACCUUGCAAGGUCCACUUAGACGCCGGCGGCCAAGAUGUCGUCCGCCGAUACGAGGAGGAGAGCGGGCGUCGACUCGAGCUCGAAGAGCGCUGUCUGCAGCUCGAGGAGAAAGUGCGCGCCGGCAAGGAGAAGGGCCGCGAUGCGGAGCUGCAGCAGAAGCUGAAGCAAUGCCAGCAGGCCAAACAGACAGUUGAGGAGCUGGCGAAGCAGAACGAAGAGCAGCUGGCUGUGAUGGGACCUGGGUCAGCCAGCCACCCCAACAACGGCAAAGCCGUGAAGCCGCCCGCAGAGCUGAAGAGGUGCACGCAGAAGCUUUUCUGGGAUGGCCUAGAGCACGGGCACAAGUAUUCUUUGUUUUCCGACCUGUUGGAGGCAGUGAAGGAUGCCCUGCAAGCCUUUCUUGGCCUUCCUGCUCGGGGUUUCCCAGUUCCUCUUCUACAGCGCUGGAAGCAUCACGGCCCGUUUGGCAAGGUCAUGGCUUCUCCGGUGGAGCGCACCGAAGAUGAUGGGCGCCUUGGCCACGGCAGUUUUGAGGUUUUCAGAUGGGGUUUUGGCUGGGUACCGAAGAUCAUGGGAAAAGCCAAGAACGAGCCGUUCCAUCGCUACUUUUACAAGAUGGCCACGACGGAUGACGGUCUUCAAUCGGGGCCUUGCCCAGACAAGGUCGUGCACGUGCACGCGACUUUGAACUCGGACCCAUCCUUGGCUAAGGCCGCCAAGGCGAAGGUGAUGUGCGCAGCCGAUGGCAGUUGCGUUAAUGCGGAGGCGGAUGGGCUUUUGCUCAAGGCCAAUUUCUUGUCCUGGAACCAGGCCCAGAAGCUGUGCAAGAACAGGGCCAUGGCGCUGUUCGCGAACCCAGUCCUCUGCAUGACAUACGGUGCCAGUGACGGACGCCUGCCGCCCGGCGCCAUUCGACGUGGUGGCAGUGUCCCUGUGCGAAAAGCUGGUACAGGCCCCGUGCUGCCCCACCCCUUGGCGAAGCAGCCUCGGAGUUCGAGCCCGGCGGCUGGCCAAGUGCAGAGGACUCCACCACCUUUUGGCGCGGGGAUCCAUCGAGUGGCCAAUAGUGACUCGAGGCCAAACAGUGGCGCAAGCCGUCCAAGCAGUUCUCAGCGUGCGGAGAGCGAGGCGGACCUGGGUAUUGAUGAUACCAUCCCCAGCGAGUCCGAUGACUCCUCUGACGAGGAGGAGUCGGAGCCCAUCAUUCGCCAAAAGCGCGGGGCCUUCCUGGACCCCAGCUCCAUGACCCGGCCUCCGCCCGCGGGGUUCGGAGACAUAAACAUGAUCGAAGAGAUAGAGAAGCAAGCAGAUGAAGUCAAGCACGCACGCUUGGAGGUGAAACUUCGAGAAAUGGUCCUCGAGGUUGUUGCACCGACCGUGGAACGCGCAGUUCGAAUGCAAAACCAUUGUGACCACCUGGCCAAGCGCAUAGAGAGUCAGCAUAGUGUGCUGACCAUGAUGGCCAAAGACGUGACCACGGCGAUGGAGAAGCUGGGUCUCGUUGGCGAGUUCAAGAAACAGCUCGAUGACUUCUGGGGCAGUCAGAAGGACUUGGAG